CAGACCUACAGGCGGCGCUGUUUCCGUGUUUGCUAAAUUAAACGCAACCGUUCGGUCCGCGAGCAACCCGAAUGUGAGCUCCAUGAUGGCGGAAAACUCAAUACUACCCACGGUGGCGGGUGGGAAGGGCACAUUUUCAAGCGACACAGAGAAGGAAUCAGAGGUUCUUUCUGGGCAGACGUCAACCUUGAAGAGGAAGCACGAAAGCGAAAGUGAGGAAUAUGUCUCUCCCACCAAGAAGCUCGAUACUGGAGAGGGGCACAGUCAGAAAGUGGCCACACAUUACAACAGACUUCAGGAGUGCGGCUUAGCUGAGCGCAGCAGGAGCAGAAUAAUCCAUCUGCGUAACUUCAACAACUGGAUGAAGAGUGUCCUUAUUGGUGAGAUCUUGGAUAAGGUGGGGCGUGGCCAUAGGGGCGUGGCCGUGCUGGACCUGGGCUGCGGGAAAGGAGGAGACUUGCUUAAGUGGAGGAAGGCUCGUAUCAGCCGGCUGGUGUGUGCAGAUAUAGCUGAUGUGUCAGUGGAACAGUGUCGUCAACGUUACAAUGACAUGAGGAGCAGGGGCUAUCCUGGCGAGCGCAUUUUCAACGCAGAGUUCAUCACUGCCGACUGUGCCAGGGAGUUGCUGAGUGAGAAGCUGAGUGAUCCCAAGCUCCGGUUCGACGUGUGCAGCUGCCAGUUUGUGUAUCAUUACUCAUUUGAGAGUGAGGCACAGGCUGACACCAUGCUGAGGAAUGCAUGUGAGAGGCUUCGGCCUGGGGGCUUCUUCAUCGGCACCACGCCGGACGCCUACGAGCUAGUGAAGCGUUUGGAAGCGUCUGACUCCAACAGCUUUGGGAACGAGGUGUAUCGUGUUACGUUUCAGCAGAAGGGUUCCUAUCCACUGUUUGGCUGUCAGUAUGACUUCAGCCUCGAGGGAGUCGUCAAUGUGCCAGAGUUCCUGGUGUAUUUUCCCUUGUUUGAAGAAAUGGCAAAAAGGUACAACAUGCGCUUGGUGUAUAAGAAGACUUUCCAUGAGUUCUUUGAAGAAAAGAUAAAGAAUGAACAGAAUAAAAUUCUGAUGCAGAGGAUGCAGGGACUGGAGGCAUACCCUGGAGAUGACAGAGCCCGCCUAGCAUCAGAUAGCCCAGGGGAGUAUGACCAUGCUGAGAAGAUAGCAGAAAACCACGGAGUCAGACUGCCUCUGGGCACGCUAUCAAAGUCCGAGUGGGAGGCUACAAGUAUUUACCUGGUGUUUGUGUUUGAGAAGAUGCCCUGAACGGGAGCGUUCCACUCCAGGUGGUCCAUAAUCAGCUAUUUUUGCUUUUUUUUUCCUUCCAUGUUUUUAGUUUUUUUUUUUCCAUCCCAUUCAAAUUUAGGAAUGGUCUGCUGUGUUUGUCAGUUUAACGAACGGAUAAAUCUGUUUGUGCGUUUGUGUGUGACACUACAUGACCCUGUACUGCUGACCACAGCAUUCACUUCUCAGUUAAGUAUUUUCCUCCAGCUGGGUAACACACACCUGGAACUUUUUUCCACGGUAGAGGGGGACAUACAUGGAGGCUCUAUGCCAGUAACACCUACACCUUCCACAAAUGCUUACAUGGGUUUAGCACAAUACGCAGUUUCUUGGUUAAGUGACUAAACUUGGAGAGAAAAGUUGUGCUGCAUAGCACUGAGCUUAAAAUGAUGGCACAAGAAGACUGAUCAUGUAGUUGGACCUGGUGUGCUUUUCCAUGUCGUGAUGCAGCUUCUCGAAGGCGCUUGUGGUAGAGGCGUCCGAACAUGCGGAGCUUUCGAGUGCAUGGGCCUCUUGUUGCUGUUGUACGUUUAAUGUAUUCUUCCCAUAUAAAAUGACUUGUAAAUGAGUUUUGAUUGUCUUCAUAAUGUUUGAUUUUGACUGUAAUUUUGACCUUCUUUUCUAAAAGUCCCAAUGUUAGACAAUUCCAUGACUGUAUCUUUUAUUGAUUAUGUAGGGGUUAAAAUUGUAUUUUUGGUCAACUCUAAUGCUGUUGCUGCCUUGACCAGCACGAUGCUUCUUUCUGUCAUCUCCUCCUGGAAUGUCAUCCUGUUUUGGAGAAUUAAACGAUAAAACGGUUUGAUGAUCUGUAA